UUCACUCAUUUCUUUCCCUUUUUCUCACAAAAUCUUCUUGAACUUCAACGGGUGAAGUCGUCUCUGGUCUCUCUACAUUUUAGCAUGAUAUCAUAUCAAUUGAUUCUGGUCCUACACGCAAUUUUUGAUUCAAUUAGUCAAAUCGCUAUGUGAAAUUUCUUCCUCUUCAAGCUCGUCUGUUGCAGCUAUGGCGGCCAAAAAUCCACUUACACACAUCCACUUUUCAUGUAUACUGGUGAUACUCCUGAUUCGGUAUUUGUUCCUGUCAAACUCACCGGAUCAAAGAAUUAUGGCAUGUCGAAUAGAUCAAUGCGCAUCACUCUUCGAGCAAAGAGAAAGCUAGGGUUCGUACUAGGUACUUAUAAAAAAGAAUCCCUUGAUAAGGGGCUGCAUGAGCAAUGGGAAACAUACAAUGCAACAGUCCUCUCAUGGAUUAUUGACACAGUUUCUGAAGAUCUACUCAAUGGAAUUGUAUAUGCUUCAAAUUCCUACAUUGUGUCGAAGGAUAUCAAGAAGAGAAUUGAUAAAGUCAAUCGCAUGAGAAUUUUCCAAGUUCACCAUCAAAUUGCCAAUUCAUUCACAAGGAAUGAACUUGCGUAGAAAAGAAUCAAAUAGGAGCAAAAUUAGCAAAAGAAAAUCUGAAGACAAAAAUCUGGGACAACGAAGCGAGGUUCACUUUGCCAGAUCGAGGCCGGAGCAGGAAAAAAAUCAGCUUAUCCAAUCCAAAUUAAGAGAAGACAAAUUCGCCCCAACUAAAUCCUAAACCAUACAAAUAUGAUAUUUGGCCACUUUUUGAAGGAAGAGAAGACUUUGGGGAGGCAAGAUCGCACUUGAAAACAGAGAUUCUUGGAAAUUGAAAACAGAGUGCGAAAACCGUGAAAUUGAUCUUGAGUUCCUCUUUUUCCCUUAUAUUAUUGAUUUUUAUGUAUUCUUGGGAAUUAAUUGAGAUUGCUACCAUGACUAUGCGUGGCUAAACUCGUUCGUUCCGGGGUUAUGGUUUUCAUGAAUGUUGAUAUUCAAAGAUUGAUUUGAUGAUUUAAUUUAUUAUAUUAGGUUGUUUAUUCA